CCCGACGGUGGGAACCCCUCGGUCUUCUUUUCUGAAGUCUCCUGUGACAUCGGCCCCGGGGGCAGAGAGAGGGGGUAUUGUGACGUCACGCGGCCGGGGCCCAAUGGGAGGCGGGCGGGAGGGAGACCGAGUCCGAACGGCGGCGGCGGCGGGGGCGAGGAGGAGGCGAGGGCGGGGCGGCGCUGGUCCCCCGCCUUCUUGUUGUCGCUGCUGCUGCUGCUGCUCCCCGCCUUCGCCCCGGUUGAACCCCGGCCACGGGAAGCGGGGAGGCGGAGGCGGCGGGGAUGAGCCCGGGCGCUCGGCUUUGGCAGCAGCAGCGGCAGCCUCCUCCUCCUCCUCCCCCGCUGCCGCCAUGAAGCGGAAGACCUCGGCGGAGGCUCGGAGGCACUCCGCCCCGGCCACCCUGCCGCCCGUCGCGCCCCUGCCGCCGGUCAAGAAGUCCCGGCGCUCGCUCUCGGCGCUGGACGAAGUGCUGGAGAGGGAGGAGGAGAAGGAGGAGGAGGAGGAAGGGGCCAAGCCCCUCCGGAAGGAGGUCCUCCUCCAGAUCACCGAUCGUCUUUAUUUUGCCAUUCUCUUCCAUAAACCAAAGAAUGGUAGCUCAAGUACACACUAUUUCUGCAUAGAUGAUGAAUUGGUAUAUGAGAACUUCUAUGCAGAUUUUGGUCCACUCAAUCUGGCAAUGAUUUACAGAUACUGUUGCAAGCUAAAUAAAAAGUUGAAGUCCUUUACCAUGUUAAGAAAGAAGAUUGUUCAUUAUGCUGGUAUUGAUCAGAAAAAACAAGCCAAUGCAGCCUUCCUUAUAGGCUGUUACUGUAUGAUAUAUCUGAGAGAGUCUCCAGAAGCUGUAUACAGGCGCUUAUUAUUUGGAAAUGUAUCAUAUCUUCCUUUCAGGGAUGCUGCUUUUGGUACAUGCAAUUUUCAUCUAACACUGCUUGACUGUUUUCAUGGAGUAAACAAGGCUUUGCAGUAUGGCUUCCUUGAUUUCAACACAUUUGAUAUCGACGAAUAUGAACAUUAUGAGAAAGCAGAAAAUGGAGACUUUAACUGGAUAAUACCCAAAAAAUUCCUUGCCUUCAGUGGACCACAUUCAAGAAGUCGAAUUGAAAAUGGUUUUCCACAUCAUGCUCCUGAGGCUUAUUUUCCCUACUUCAGAAGACAUAAUAUUACCACUGUAAUCCGCUUGAACAAGAAAGUCUAUGAUGCAAGAAGGUUUCGAGAUGGAGGCUUUGAACACUAUGAUCUCUUCUUUGCUGAUGGGAGUAUACCAAGUGAUACUAUCGUCAGAACGUUCCUAAAUAUUUGUGAAAAUGCUGAAGGUGCUAUAGCAGUUCACUGCAAAGCUGGACUUGGCAGAACGGGCACCCUGAUUGCCUGCUAUAUGAUGAAGCAUUACAGAAUGACAGCUGCUGAAUGUAUUGCUUGGAUUAGGAUUUGCAGACCUGGUUCUGUGAUUGGAGCACAGCAGCACUUCUUGUUAGAGAAACAGCCGGAACUUUGGUUGGAAGGGGAUAUUUACCGUGCAAAGUUGAGGAAGACCGACAGCAUUACUGUUACAAAAAUUCUUUCAGGAGUAGAUGACAUUAAAAUUAAUGAUUCAAAAAGUCAGAAUGCCAGCAGGAAAGAGUCUGAACCGUACAGCGAUGAAGAAGACACAGUUACACAGGGGGACAAGCUUCGUGCCCUGAAAAGUAGAAGGCAGUCAAAAAUAAACUCAAUUCCACUAACAAUAAUUCUACAAUCCAGUGUUCAUAAAAGUAAAAAGACUGAACCUGGCAUUUCUGCCAAUGCAACCAUUCCUAAAAGAACUACUAGGUCUAGUGCCAGAAAAAGCAGUUUCAAAAGUCUGAUGCCUCAGAGAGAAAGGAGGAAAAGGGAUGCUUUACAACAAAUACGCUUAUGCAGUGCUCCUAAUCCAAGAACUAGAACUGUUCUGCGUUGAACAAUCGAAAUGGAAGAAGACGUAGAGGAACAAAAGGACAUUGCUGUCAAUUAAAAAAAAUCAAACCGACAUUUUUUUUUAAAAAAAGUGGUCUAUUUUAACUUUUAGCAGGAAUUCUCAAAAGUUUAGAGACGUUUGUGCAAAGACCCAAAGUUAUUGUGACCAUAUUCUGGAAGCAUUUGCAGAUGUAAAUGUGAUGAUGGCCUGUAAAUUUUAGCCUGGAGUCUAAAUAACUCAUUUCUUACUAAGAGAGCUUUCUUUUUGUCUGAUGCUAAUGUGCAAAAUGUGAUGGCAAUCAACUCUCUCUGCCCUCCGCUAUAUUUACGUGAACUUGAGGUGAACAGGUUUGCUAUUCAAUCAUUUAAGGCUUUCCAUCGCAGCAUAGCUUCUCAUAAAAUGGAGGGGGAAAAUUGGGAAGAUAUGUCUCAUUUUUGUUCAUUGCAUCAUAAUUCCUUAAAUCAUAUGUCCUAAUUUUUAAAGAUAUUUUUAUCAUCUGCAACUGACUUCUAAAUCCACCAAAGAGUGCUUUACCUCCAUCAUUUUAUUUUCUUGUUUUUGCCAAUUGUUUAAAGCAGUUUCUCAAACAUUACAUGUUGGCAACACACUUUUUAGAUGCACAUCAUUUCAUGAUACAGUGACUCAUUUUACUAGCAAACUGGAGCCCCAACGGUAUGGACACAUACAUAAAUUCUAACAAAAUGUAUGGGGACACAAUAUAUCUCAUGAAAAUCUUUCAUUUAUAUUUGUAAAAAUAUAUGAUGCAUUGCUUAUUUCACCUAGACUCAGAGGUUUCUUGUCAAGCUAGUGUGACACAUCUACACACACUGCAGCUAACACUAAUGUGUUGCACACAGAGUUUGGAAAGCUCUGGUCUAAAUGUUACUUUUAAUUUUCAAUUAACAAAAACCCUUCUCUGUGUGCUGUAUUUUAAUGUCACAUUUAUGAGAUUUUCUCCUGUGCGGGUACUAGUGUGUGGGUGGAGAAAUGGCUGCAAACCUUCAGCAAUUGUAGAUAAUUGGAUAAAAUGCUGUAAAAGUAAGCCUUUUUAAUGAAUGUGUUCUGUGUGCAUGUGUACAAGCACAUACACAUAUCUAUAGAGUGCCUCAUAAAAGGAAUGUAAAGACAGUGAGCAACGCCCCUCUAAAACCUUUUUAUGACUUGAUAGAUGAAACAUACAUUGGUCAGGUCUAUUGUCAAUAAUCACCUCAGAGAAGGUGAUACCAAAAAAAACAAAAAACCCUUUGCCCUCCUUACAGAAACCAGGAAUUAGACCUGAACUGGGGUUCCUAUUGAACUAUGGCUUGGCAUUGCUGUAGUAGCCAUUUUUUUUCAUUCCUGAUGUCUCAAAAAGCUAUAUAGUUCCAGAACACCCCCCCCCCUGAAAUAGUAUUAUCAGAUGUUUUUAAAAUAGCUGAUUUCCUAUUUAUUGAAAGUAAUUCACAUUUUUAAUUAAACACUGCAAGUCACUGGCCUGUGCUACAAAACACAUUCCUCCUCUCCACUUUGCUGCGACUUCAAAAACCGUAACAGUGUGAAGCAGAAGAUUUGAACUAUGUUAUUGUCCCCUUGUAAGAUCAUGCUGCCAUAAUUAAAACUGUGCCACAAAAGGGUUGAAGAUGAAUUACAAUCCCGAAGAAGUUACAUCUUCAUUAGGGAUUAGGAAUUUGUUAACUGUUAUGUCUGAUGCUUAUAGGCAUCUGUUAAACGGAUGACAAUCCAAUCGCUUUCCAACUAAGCUUGCGUGGAAUUUGUUAUCCUUCUUUACUCUUCGGGAAAAUGUUGAUGAACUUCUAAGAAUUGCAGAUUUAGUAUGUUUUUGUUGUUCAUCCUAUUCCAUUCCUUGUUUUCAUGCUGAAGUACAUAUACACUGAAGAUACAAUUUAUUCAGUGAAUAAUAGUAUUUUCAGCACCAAACAUGUGAACUAUGGGUAUUACAUAGGCAUCUGUGUAUAUUGAGAAAUGGCAACUGGACUUAUUUUUAGAUAAGACCAUUUUGUUGGACACCAUUUGAACAUAAUAUAUAUCCUGAAAUGCUGCUCUUAGGAUCAGUGUAUUCCCACCCCAUACUGCCCUUUUGGAUUUUAACUCAUUGUCCUCACAUUAUUGUUGAACAGCCAAAGGUGCUGUCAACACAAAAGAAUAUAAUCUAAACUUCAAAUUACUUUCAUAAAUCAACUCUGACUGCUUAUUUCCAGAGUUCACAAAUAAUUAUGGACACUGAAUGACACACCAGCAUGCUUGGGUUUUAAAAAAAUGGAUAUCAAUUUAAAUUCCAGUUGUAGGUUAUGCUUUCAGCUACUCAGGUUCGUUUCCUACUCAAUGAUAUUCUAACAAAAAGAAAUCAGUUCUUAGUCAUUUUUAGUUUUGUUAAAAGUAGGGAAACUAUGAAAUAAACAAGUUUAUAUGUCAAUGAUGCUAAAUUUUCAGUCUGUUGUAAAAAACUGGUUUAGACACAAGUUCCUGUAUUUUGAUAUUUGCUUUAGUGUAACACAAACUGAAUUAGGUAAAUUAACACUAGUCCCAGAACCCAAAAUCUUCGAACAGUUAUUACCAUAUCCUUUUAUACUACUAUCUUUUUUUAAAAAAGUUCCAUCUCAAGAAUCUAGCUAUGCAUUAGCUGUGUUCAGCACCACUAAAAUUAGAAGGCCAGGUGAACUGAAUUUCACUGGCACAUUUUAUGGGAUGGUUAUGGCUUUUGUUUAGAGCUCGAGUAUACUCACGAAAGCCAUAGGAAAAACCAGUAGUUACCUUUAAAGUAGUCAAUUUAACUAAAAGAUGAUCCCCCUUUUCAUAUUUACUUAAGGAUUUCCCUUGAAGAUCAUAAAAAGGUAGUUCCUCCAUAACGAUUAAGUGGAAAUGCUAUUUUGCUGCUUUGUAAAAUUGGAUCUGAAGAGCAAUCUGACUUGCAUGUUUUGAAAAUAUAUUGUGAGCCUUCAAGUCAUUUCUGACCUACAACAACCCUAAGGCAAACUUAUCACAGGGUUUCUUGGCAAGUUUUGCCAUUGCUUUCCUCUGAGGGGAAGAGAGUGACUUGCCCAAGGUCACCUGGGGGUUUCGUAGCCGAGUGAGGAUUCAAAUCCUGAUCUCCAGAAUUGGUAUUCAUUGUUCAAACCACUACCCUGUGCUGGCUCUAUGAUCUGGCACUUUCAUCAAACCUAACCAAGUUCAUGCAGCAAGCACCAUACAUGUCCACACUGAGGAUUUUAAGUUUCUGGUGGGAUUUCCCCAUGCAGUUCAAGGGACUUUUGAAAUUUCUGGACCAAUAUUUAGUGUCUCCUGAACACAUGUAAGCUUGACUAUUAAACUCAAAAAUGUUGCAGGUUUCUAAGUUGUCUAAUAGCCUAUAAUUCUGCACAGGCUUGUAAAUUAAGCAGGUUAUGCUGUUCUUUCCAAAUGUUUAAAUUUUUUUAGCUGAAGUUUCUAGUUGAUCAUCUUUUGACAUGCACACUAUGUACCGAAGAAAUUAUUUCAAGACUAUACUUGCUGGUUAGCACAACUACACUCAACUUUUUCAACUUUCAUAGUUAGUGAAGUUGUUCUUGCCGUUCAUCUGUUUUACUACGGACAGCUAUCCUGUUAAAAGACAAGGGAAAAGCUUUUUCAGGGUUAUUGCUUGUAAGUCCCAAUAUUGUCCUGUAGUUUUGUAUCUACUGCUCUGUAAACUCUUGUACAGACCAUCUGUUCAUAGUAUGGUGUAAUCAAUACUGUUCAGCUUUUUGAAGGAAAAAUUGUAAUAUUUUAAAAAGUCAGGAAAAUUUAUUUUGCUAAACAUAUUUUAAGGGUAAACUUGAUACUAUCUUGAAAGUUUAAUUUGAUAGUAUGUAUUUAUUAGGCCUGGGCAAUGUAUGGUUCUGAAUGGUUCUAAAGUACCUACAAAACUAAUGUUCUGGUGGUGAAAAUUUCAGAACUCUAACAAAACUUUCAAAAUUUAAUUAUUUCAUUAUUGGAGAUUUUUAUGACAGAACCAAUUAGGAACUGCCAUUUAUAAUGAAUUAUUGAGAGUUUUGUUAGAGUUCUGAAAUUUUCACCACCAGAGCUUUAGUUUUGUAAGUACUUUAGAACCAUUUAGAGCCAUGCAUUGCCCAGGCCUAGUAUUUAUCAUUAAAUCAAGUGUGAUUUGAUUAUUGUUGAUUAACUUGUAAAAAGGUAUACAAAUAAAAAAUGUAUUGUUUGA